AUAGAGAAACUUAUUGAUUUAAUCAUGCCUGAGACAGUAGCUCCGAAAGCACCCAAGAAGGGAUCCAAGAAAGCCGUAACCAAAGUCGGCCCCAAGGGCGGCAAGAAGAGAAGAAAGGCGAGGAGGGAGAGCUAUGCCAUCUACGUGUACAAGGUGCUGAAGCAGGUGCACCCCGAUACCGGGAUCUCUUCCAAGGCCAUGGGCAUCAUGAACUCGUUCGUCAGUGACAUCUUCGAGCGCAUCGCCUCCGAGGCUUCCCGCCUGGCUCUCUACAACAAGCGUUCCACCAUCUCGUCCCGGGAGAUCCAGACUGCGGUCCGCCUGCUGCUGCCGGGCGAGCUGGCCAAGCACGCUGUGUCUGAGGGAACCAAAGCUGUGACCAAGUACACCAGCUCCAAGUAAACUGUCGACACCAGUUUCCAAACCCAACGGCUCUUUUCAGAGCCACUCACUUAUUUUAUAAAGAGUAAAUACCCUCACUUCAUAGAAAAUUAAUUAACCUGAAAACCCAUAGUAGUUCACUAUGUUUGAUGUACAACACCUGGUGAUCUUACUUGUUCUGUCAAAUUCAUAUAGCAGGCCAUCUGAAAUGUUUGUUAUUGUUGAUGUAUGAAUCUCAUUUUGCAUCGUUAAUUUAUAUUGAAACACCAUGUGAUAUAUCAUCAAAAUACUAUCUUCUCAUUCUCCCCCCAAUGACCAAACUCCAUGUCCCCCAUGUUUGAGACACCUGUUCUAGAAUAUUCCAUGAAGUCAAGAUGUCAUUUGCAAUAUAAAGGACAUUAAUUUUACUUUGGUUGCAGGCAAAUAACUUUGUUUGCCUGGUUUGUGGUGACCCCUAAAGUAAGAAGUUGUCAAGUUGCCGUUGCCAGUGGCUUCAAUAGGAACAUUUACACACAAGAGUUUUUGGUUUAUUUUAAGUCUUAAGACCU